GUCUCCACCAAGCCUCAGGAUCAAAAAAUUUCACGUCGUCCGUCGUAAAACCAAACGCGAUAUAGCUAUCGAUGCGAAACAGUUUUUAGAAAGCCGGUUGUCGUCGCAGAUUUAGAAACGCGCGAUGGGAAACGCCAAAUCGAAAAGCAAGAGAGGCUCACGGAUGAAAGUGUAUGGGAAAAUUGGACGCGACGGCCAGUAUAAGACCCCGUCGUUGUCGAACGAUGAUGAAUACGAGGAUAUGGAGAUGUUGUUGCUGAAGAGGGCGAUCGAAAGGAACCCGGAAAUCUUCGUGCUGAACAAUCUCAUGAUGUGCGUUCCGUUCUUCCGGAAUUACGAAAAGGAAAUUGUGCACGUGAAGAAGUCGUUGGUGUCGGCGCGCGAGGCCCAACUGAACAAGCAUUUGUCACCGCAGAAGCACGUUUUGUUGCCGGACGUUCUUCAGGAGCAUGUCGCCCAAACUAUCGGUUUUACUUCGUCGAGACAAACUUUUCGCACAACUAUCGAGCCUCUUCAACCGGUGCGAAUCUACACGGUCCACGAUAACAUCGAAAUAACGGAGCAGCAAUCGCUGUACUAUAGUAUCCUAAACGAUUCGACGUCGUACAAUAUAUUGUUGAAACCCACCGAACACCAAGGAUAUGUUCAGCUUCAACUUCAGGAAACCCCGAAUGACACGUCCAAAGACGAUGGGAUGGAUCUGUCGUCGAUAGCAGAGAACGACGACGAAAUUAACAGUGACGAAGACAGCAUUUACGGGCCGAAGGUACGCCUGAACAUGCUCCCGUUUCGUGGACACAAACAUGGAGAAAUGAGAUGUCGCAUGCAGGCGCACUCGAGAUCCCUGCCGAAUCUGCACGACGAGAUCGAGGCCAUAGCGAACCGGAAAGCUUUUUCGCGCUCUACUCGUAACGUACACACUGACGUCGAUUCCGAAAACGCAAUGUCGAUAGUGAACCAAAAACAUCGAAUGAAAAGGGCCCGGUUUAAGAUCGAGACCCCGAAAGGUGACCGAGAGAAACAACAAGUCGAGAAACAAACGCCGCGAACGAAAGCUCAGGGGUCCGCCAGUCUAAGUCUCACCAGCAGCAUCAGUUCCGGGUAUCGGUCCGACAAUUACACGAUGGACAGCGACAGCAGCUACAGUCGAAAUCAGAGUGUCAAGGCUGAGAAAGUUUCGAACGACGAGGAGUCGUAUGAGCAUUACAUAAUGUCCGCGCAGCUUCCGAGACAUUGCUUCAAGCGAGUGACUUACACGGCGGACGGCCGUGUGUACGAUCCGCGAGAAGAGAAGAAACAGCUGUUGAACAGCAAACAACGUAGGAUCAAGUUGGCUCUGAGACGGCACAAUUACGAUUUGUUUUACGUGAGCAGUACCGUGUUCAUGCAGCAUUUCAUAAAUGUUUUCGUGGCACGGUUGGCCAAGUGUUUCGGCUUCGAUAAGGAAUGCCUGGAGGACGCGAGACGCGAGGGAUGCAUCGUUUACUGCGACAGAAUCCUGAUCUCGAACGCGUUCAAGCACAGUCGCAUAGAACAGUACGAGAUCAUACCGUCGGUUUGGCUGCAGUGGCCCAACUGUGCCCAAGAAUGGCUGGACAGGCCGCGCAGCACGUGGCCGGAAUACUCCGACGUCGAGAAGAUCAAGAAGUACGGAUGCUACGUGGUGCCGGAGGGUUUCGUGCCGAAAAGAGGAAGCAGCAAUCUCAUCGAGGACCUCGAAUGGCAACUGACGUUUCCCGCCGGGGAACGAUAUCUCGAAACCUGCAUGACACAAUCCCAAGUACAAGUGUACUUCAUCGCUCUUAUGCUUCACAAAUCGUUCAUGAGACCCAUAUUCGAUACCAUGUUCGGUCUGACCACCGCCCACAUCAGGCACAAAUUGUUCUGGAUGAUCGAGGAGAACGAUAGGCCGUCCAAGUGGCCCGACAACAGAACGGGCGAAUGUUUGUUGUCGUUAUUGGACUCGUUGUAUCACGGCGUCAGCCAAAACGAUCCUAUACUCAGGGAUUACUUCAUCAGAGAUAGGAAUCUUUUUCAGCGAGUGCCAAGCGAACAUCUGUUGCACACGCAAAAACAACUGAAGCGUAUUCUCGAAAAUCCGGUGAUGUACGUGUUCCACGCGAUGGAGAACAUUCGAUACAGCGACAAUUUCUUCCCGCGUUUGGACUACGAAGGGCUGCUGAGAAUAUUGACAACGGACUCGCUGUCGUUGAUCAAUCCGGCAUUGAGUCGAUACGUCUCGAAACCAAUGCCACAACCGAGCAAGGAACGAGCCCAGGAGGAAAACAAAUACGACAACACAGGAUUCUGGGACCACCUUAAAAAUCAACGACAAACGCAUCCCGUACGAACGGUUACCAAUAAAACGCUUAUUAAUACUCGCAAAGCCACGGAUUCUAUAAUUGAAAUUUCGACACGCUGUGCCGAGCUAGAGGGUCCAAGGUUAUACAUACUGCUUGACUUCUUCAUACGGCAUUUCAUUAAAAUAGCCGAACGGUGUAAUCAGUACGGUGAUGUUCGAUUGAAGGACGUUUACCUCCAUCAAGCCGAGCGGCUGUCCACUCUUCUCUUCGAGAUCAAGAGAUACAAAUCUGACGCCAGAGCUUAUUUCGAUAAGAUCAAAGUCAUUAGGAAAAGGAGUACCACCAUGAAUAACGAUCCGCCCGAAACGCCCAGGAGAAACCAGGAAAUGGCCAUAUUUGUGUCGCCGCUUAGGAAUCGUUUCAUGGAGGAAAUUGCGGAAGAAACGUCGAAUUCGCCGAAUACGAAGACCGAGGAGUCGCAAGUCGUAGAGGCAACAGUUCACGAAACGCCUCAGAAAACGGACAAACAGCCCCCAAAAACUACGAAAAACAAGAUUCCACAGGCUUCGAAAACGAAGAAAAGUUCAAAUUUGAAAUCAAAAACAGCAAACCCUCCAAAAGUCGUGUUGUUCGAGCCGGCACCCGAAAAAUUGCCGGACAAUUCCACGUACAUUUGAAAUCGUGCUACAAAACGUAAAUUUCAAGAAACGUUUGAGAAGCAACGAAUCCAUUGGAAACAUUUACCAUUUAGUUCUAUUGUUCUAUAUUGCCCGAUGAUCCGCUAAUAAAUUUCAAGCGUUAGGAAUACUAACCUAGUACUUUAUUAGUAUUUAACAUUAUUUAUACUCGAAAAAGACUGAACGCGUUCCUUAUUUCGAGACCUAGUAAAACGUAUGAAUUCUAGAUAAAUCGUUUGAACAAUGUUCUUGACAUUCAUGUGUUGGC